UUCAUUCAUUCAUUCCAUGAUUAAUGUGCGGGGAAAAUCGCUCCAACGUUUUGACAUUGAUACGGCAAUCUGGAACUGGGCCAUCAAUUCCAUACCCGGUGACAAAAACGCUCGUGCGGCAGCGGUAAUUGUGGAGCGAUAGAAACGCCAGCGCCAUGCCCAUAGACAUAGACGCACGACGACCAAGUGCCAAAAGCGAGAACCGAGCGUGAGCGACUGCCAGGAGCAGGAUCCGUAUCCGGAAUCCAUACGCUAGUCAAGAGCGAGUGAGAGUGCCAAGCCAAGUUGCAUUUAGUUUGAGCCCCCGACCAACCCAAUCCACCGCGACAUGGGCAACAAGAACUCUUGCUGUGCGUACUCCAGUCCGCAAUCCGACCGCAAGUCAAAGGAUCUGCCGCCUGUUUUCGAGGAGCGCCAUCAGCUGAGUCAUCCGCCACACACGUCGCAGCACCAGCUGGACGGUCACCACGGAUCCACGUCGGCGGUGCAUUUGCACCAUCAUCACCAUGGCCAUCAUCAGCAGCAAAACCAGCAAGGUGGAGGUGAUAACUUUGAGAACCAGCAGAAUCUGCAGCACAUUUCCGAGCGAGAGGCUCUGGAGGGUGAGGAAGAUCCCUCGGUGGAUCCCACAGCGGCCACCAUGUUCCUGGAACGAUCCAAAGUAGAGAACGGCGGCAUGACGCGAAAGCGUUCACAGCAGCAGAUUGCACAGCAGGCGGGAAGCGGCGGAGGAGGUGGCGGAAGCACACCAGGAGGCAAUAGUUGCGGCGGGGGAGGCGGCUUGAAAAAGAGCUCUUCCUGCUCAACGAUCUAUCUGGACGACAGCACUGUAUCACAGCCGAAUCUAAAGAAUACGGUCAAGUGCGUAUCGCUGGCCAUUUACUAUCACAUCAAAAACCGACAGUCGGACCGGCGACUGGACAUCUUCGAUGAGAAGCUGCAUCCGCUGACCCAUGACCAGGUGCCGGAUAACUACGACACGCACAAUCCGGAGCACCGGCAGAUCUACAAGUUCGUGCGUACGCUUUUCAAUGCCGCCCAGCUGACGGCCGAGUGUGCGAUCAUCACGCUAGUCUACCUGGAGCGGCUGCUCACCUACGCCGAGCUGGACGUUGGUCCCUGCAACUGGAAGCGCAUGGUGUUGGGUGCCAUUCUCCUUGCCUCGAAAGUGUGGGAUGACCAGGCCGUUUGGAACGUGGAUUACUGCCAGAUACUCAAAGACAUCACCGUGGAGGACAUGAAUGAGCUGGAGCGCCAGUUUCUUGAACUGCUGCAGUUCAACAUCAACGUACCGUCCUCGGUGUACGCCAAAUAUUACUUCGACCUGCGAACGCUAGCCGAGGCCAACGAGCUCAACUUCCCCACGGAGCCGCUGUCCAAGGAGCGGGCCCAGAAGCUAGAGGCCAUGUCGCGGGUAAUGCAGGACAAGGUCACCGCUGAGGCGCUGAAGAACGGGAUCAAGAAGUGGUCCUCCAUGGACAACAUCAGUCAGGGCGGGCCGCGACGCAGCGUGGCCAUACUAUCGUGAUUUAUAUUAGCUUACUAAGACGGAACAACCAUCUGCAGCAAAUGAGUCAAGAAAUUCUGUAUUCUGUAGCCCGUAGUCCGUAGUCCGAUCGAUCGAGACUCGAGAACCGUAGCUCCUCUUCCCUCU